AAAAAAAAACAAAUGUCAAAUUCUAACAAAUAAGGAGUUUUCAGCUUUUUUUAUUUUUACUGAUAUUUUGGAUUUGGAGUUUGAACGCGUAUUUUAAAGUAAUGUAAAUACGGAAUAUAUUUAAAUUAACCCAAUUACUAUACGUUAAGAAGAAUGGCCGUGCAAGAAGUUUUAGAAAUCGUUGCAAUUAAUUCGGAUGACGAUGAAUCAGUUCUGGAUUUAGACAAGCCGAUCAUACAACUUUUCAAACGGCUGAUCAACAAUGAUAAUAAUAAGCAGAGUACAAUCUUGACAAAUGCCCAAAUUGUUGACAUACUUGACAAGGAGUUUGGCAUCAACUUAUGGGAUAUCCACGAAUUGGAGGGGGAAAUCUACUUAACCAUUAUGAAGAAAUUCUUAAAGGACUGGCCUCAAUGGGACGAGUUUGACAAGACCGUCAACAUAUUGAAGACCAAAAAUGACAAGGAGGGAUUAAACAGAAUGCUAGAAAGCAAUUAUCAUGAUUUAAUAGACCAUUUAAAAGUUAUGUUGGGUCGGGCACAGGCGAUAGCCAAAAGUACAGUCAACAAAAUGAUUGAAGACAAAAUGAUUGAUGCAAACGUCAAGAACAAACCCGAUAGUAAAGACGACAAUGUUGUAUUAGAAAUACAAUGUUCCAGACAGCAACUCAAUCAAGUAAUCUUUAGAAGACCCCACCCCAACUUUAACGAUUCAAUUUUCAACGGAGCAGAUUCUGCACAGACUCAAAUAAAAGUGACUAGGCUACCGUUAGACGCUAUACUGAAUUGGUGGGACGUCAAAAUAUCUAUAGUACGAGGCAACACGUACCUCUACGAACGAAGAACUACUCACGAACUGAGCCACGUUCUCGUUAACAAGAAUCUGAUGUCACGAUACAAUCCGUUAAAAGUGUUACCUCAAGAAAUUGAAUUGAAUCAGUUUGCCAAAUCGGAACAACUCAACACGAGCACAUUUAAAUACGUUGCUUUCGUUGAGAAUUUAAAGGGUGUGCACCCUACGUUGGUGCCUUUGCUGAAAUUUAUUCAAAGAGAUAUCAGGUUGCUGCCGGAUAAAAUAGCGUCAAGGGCGAGCUAUAAACGGUAUACAAAUAAGUAUCCAUACAUACGAUACUUGUAUAAAGAGGUCAAGAAACCGGAUAUCAAUUCGAGGAAAUAUGAUUUACAGUUGGAAGAGACUAUUUCACCGCAGUAUAGAAUAUUUCUGGGUCCGUUGUCACUGUCCAAUCCGAUGAUUGAAGUGGAGUGCACAGCUUGCUCCGUCAAGUUUGUUGGUUUGAGUUUAAUUCCAGAGUUGAAGGCUCAUUUUGAAGAACGCCAUGCCGAUGAAAAAGAUUGGAAAUGCACCAAUUGUAAUAAGAUGUUUUCUAUGGCAACUCUUGCACAAAACUGGUGGACGCACAAAUGCUAAUAAACAAGAAACAAAACAAGAGUGAAUAGGCACCUUCUAGGUAAACGCGUCGCAUCUUAGACCACAUCAUCACUUUCCAUCAGGUGUGAUUGUGGUCAAGCGCUUGC